AUGCUUGUCUCGCGGCUUCCCCGGGCAAAUCUUCAAAAUUUAUCUUCCAUCACUUCAUCCUGCCGUUGCAUCUUCCUUACACACAUUCUAAACUUCCAUUCAUUUCGAGAUGUAUACUCCUCAAAUGUCAGAAUCGGCAACCUCUCCCGUACCGGGAAAAUGGAUCUUGCCCGUAAACUGUUCGACGAAAUGCCUACUAGAGAUGUUGUCUCAUGGAACGCGGUCAUCUCUGGCUACUGGAAAAACGGAUUUAUUGGAGAAUCGAAGAGACUGUUCGAUCUAAUGCCUCUGAGAAAUGUAGUGUCUUGGAACUCGAUGAUCGCUGGUUGUGUUGAAAAUGGUAUGAUCGAUAUUGCAUUUGCUUACUUUAGCGAGAUGCCUGAGAGAAAUACAGCGUCUUGGAAUGCUAUGAUUUCGGGUUUUAUUAGGUAUAAAAGAGUAGACGAAGCUGUGGAGCUUUUCAAACAAAUGCCAAAGAGAAAUGUGAUAUCGUAUACAGCUAUGAUUGAUGGGUUUGCACAGAAAGGGGAGAUUAGGAAAGCUAGGGAGUUAUUUGACUCCAUGACAACUCGUAAUGAAGUUUCAUGGACUGUGAUGAUCAGUGCGUAUGUGGAAAAUGAAGAAUUUGAUGAGGCUAGAGAAAUCUUUGGUCGGAUGCCAUGCAAGAAUGUAGUUGCUAUAACGGCUAUGAUUACUGGUUAUUGCAAGGAAGGAAAGAUGGAAGAUGCUGGGGUGUUGUUUGAAGAAAUUGAAUGUAAAGAUGAUGUUUCUUUUAAUGCUAUGAUAACAGGUUAUGCUCAAAAUGGGAGAGGUGAGGAAGCACUAAAACUACUCAUCCGUAUGAUUCAAACUCCACUAAAACCGGAUCAAUACACCCUUGUUUCCAUUCUUUCUGCAUGUUCAAGUCUUGCAUCAUUAACAGAAGGCAAACAAACACACGCACUCGUAUUCAAACUGAAAUUAAGCACACAUGUUUCUGUAGGAAACGCUUUGAUCACAAUGUAUAGCAAAUGUGGAUGUCUUCCUGACUCUGAGUCGGCUUUUGAACAUAUAAAAACUCCAAAUAUUGUGUCUUGGAACACAAUUAUUGCAGCUUUUGCACAACAUGGAGCAUAUGAGAAAGCUCUUGGAUUAUUUAAAAAGAUUGAAUUGCAUGGAAUUGAACCCGAUGGGAUCACCUUUCUUAGCUUGCUCUCAGCUUGUGGUCAUGCAGGUAAGGUAAAAGAGAGUUUAUAUUGGUUCAAGUCAAUGAAAUCUUUUUACAACGUGGCCCCACGUUCGGAGCACUACGCGUGUUUAAUAGAUAUUUUGGGUCGAUCUGGUGAAGUUAAAAAAGCUUAUGAAAUAAUCCAAGAAAUGCCAUUUGAACCCGAUUCGGGAGUUUGGGGUGCCAUUCUUGCGGGGUGUCGUUUCAGCAUGAAUAAUACCGAAUUGGCGGAAUUAGCUUUUGAGAAACUUACGGGUUUUGACCCUAAAAACUCAGGGGCUUAUGUUAUGUUGUCCAAUAUUUAUGCUUCGUUGGGUUUGUGGAGACAAGUGACACGAGUGAGGGGUUUGAUGAAGGAAAAUGAGGUCAAGAAGCAAACCGGGUUUAGUUGGAUGGAGAUCGGGGAUACGUCGCAUUAUUUUGUUGGAGGGGAUGUGUCUCAUUUCGCGAUUACUGAGAUUCGAAUGCUGGUAAAUCAAAUCUACUCACAAAUGAAACUUGCGGAGGAUACUGCUUUUUGA